AUGUCCCAAAUCCUCAUCACCGGCGGCACCGGCUUCCUCGCCAGCACCCUAAUCGACAUCCUCCUCUCCCGGGGCCACAACAUAAUCACGACCGUGCGGAGCGCCGAAAAAGCCUCGCAGGUACAAUCCAUCCGUCCUGAUAUCCCACCUCACCGACUCGUGAUAAAAAUCGUCCCGGACAUUUCCCUCCUCUCGGCGUUCGACUCCGCCGUGGUCAACGAUCCUCCACUCACAGGGGUAAUCCACACGGCGAGUCCAUUCCACUACAGCAUCGACAACAUCAAAAAGGACAUGUUAGAUCCCGCCGUUAACGGCACCAUCGGGAUAUUAAGCUCCGUGCAAAAGUACGCACCUACGGUGAAAAAAGUGGUGAUUACGUCGUCGUUCGCGGCGAUGUGGAAUCCCCAUAAACCUGCGGGGAGCAAGUACUCCGAGAAGGAUUGGAAUACCGUUACCUGGGAAGAGGCAGUUAGUCCUGCGAAUGCGCAGGGACAGGCUGGGUAUCGGACGAGUAAGGCGCUGGCGGAGCGGGAAGCGUGGGGGUUUAUGGAGCGGGAGAAGCCGAGUUUUGGACUAACGGUGAUGAAUCCGUCGUUGAUAUUUGGGCCCGUUGUGCCUGGGUCGUUGAGGAAUCUGGGGGAGGUGAAUACGUCGAAUACGAGGAUUAGGGAUUUCGUUGCGGGAAAGUUUAGGGAGAAGUGUCCGGCGACGGGGAGUGCGUUUUGGGUGGAUGUGAGGGAUGCGGCGAUGGCGCAUGCCGUGGCGUUGGAGAAGGGGGAGGUGACGGAUGGGAAGAGGUAUUUUUUGACGGCCGGGGGGUUUUGUAAUAGGGAGAUUGUGGAGGUUCUGGGGGAGGAGUUUCCCGAGAUCAAGGGGGGGUUGCCGGAAGGGGAGGAGGCGUUGAGGGAUGGGGAGUAUCCCGAGGGUGGGCCGAAGUAUGGGUUUGAUAAUUCGGCGUCGGUGGGAGAUUUGGGGUUGGUUUAUCGCGGGUUGAGGGAGAGUGUGAGGGAUACGGUGGUGAGUUUGAGGGGGGUGCCUGAGUAG